CAACAACAACGAUGGCGCCCAGAACGAGAAAUAAGGAGGAGUCUCGACGGGAGGUGAUUGAUGAGAGACCAACAGUUGCUGACUUGGAGGGUGAAAGCUCGUUUGCAACCUUAGCCCGGAAGCUGUGGCUGAACAAAAAGACUGCGAAGGUCAAGGUCAGGCACGACAUGUUGAAGACUGAAAUAUGGGAUGUGCUAGAGAAGGAGGACUUUCCGUUCAGGUCGCUCUUGGUUCUAGAGAAUUUGCAGAUCCUCGAGAGCUACCUUUGGCCAGGAUAUUCCGAAGACUCGUCCAACUUUCAAGUCUUGCUCAUUGUCUUAAUUUUGAAUGUCAAGACUCGUGAACAUCUGUUGACAUGGGACAUCUUCACAGACAACCCGGCCGAAUUCUCCACCUUAUUUCGAAGAAUACUUUCCAUGACUUUAGACACCUCUCUGAGUGCGACUAUCCGAACCCACUUGCUUUCUUUUAUAAUUAGCGCCUUCCAGUCUCUCGACAGUGGGAUUGUCCGCAAAGAAUGUGCUCCAUUGGUAUCGAUUUCAAUAUGGCACAAUAUCUCCAGCGAAAAGAAGAGGGAGCGCAAGCUCGACCAGAGUGUUCAAUUGAGGAAGGCUUGGAGAGCAGCAGCGAAACGUUAUGAUGCGGCUGACGAGCCUACGAAGCCCCGGCUCCGGUUUGAACGCUCGUGGCUCUUUACCCUACUCCUCGACUUCUUCAACCAACUGUAUAACGAGAAGAGCAAAGCAGAAAAUAUUAGGUAUUGUGAGCGCUUCAUUGAGUUUUUAUCAGAUCUCCAGAGCCAGUUGCCAACAAGGAGAUAUGUCAACACACUUCUCCAGGACUUGAACACUCUUCCUGCAAUCCGAAUGUCGCCCACCUUUAAUGAUGAGGACAAUGGGCUUUUGCGGGACUUGUAUACCUUGCUCAAGCAUUAUACAUACUUUUCCAUCGAUGAUCAUACUGGCAUCCAGCACAGUCGCACUGAGGCUUACGAAAAACAUUGCGCCAUUCUUGCCUCGUUGCAACGGACAGCCUUGAAGCAUUUCAAAGACAAGUUAACCAUUUUGGCAUUAUCGAAUUACGGAUCAAUUGACAAGCGGGCUGAGCUUGAAGGACAUCUCGAGUCUCUAACAUCUGACGAGGUUACCCAGCUUUGUGACCUUCUCGAAUUCCGUACCUCUUAUCCUGCUUCCACCCAAGUGGUAACAGAUCGAAAAUUUCUCACCGAGGUUUUAUUGUCAGAGCAUGAGAAGCGCAAGACUUUUCAAGAGACAGCGCGUAAUCUCAGCGUCUUACCAACAGAACUCACCCUCUUCGAGCCGACAUUGUUGAGGAACGACAACUACAACGGAUCACAGCCUCUCGCCAUUCCCAAGUUAAAUCUGCAAUACCUCACAGUUGGAGAUUUUCUGUGGAGGUCUUUCAUCCUCCAUCGCUGCGAAUCGUUUUACGAGAUCAGAAAGCACAUUGAAGAUGUCAUAAAACGUAUGCAGCCAGCUACGAGCCCUACUGGCCAGACGUCCUUUAGGGGGUUCUCUAGGAUGGCGCUUCCCAUCCCAAAGCCUGCAAUUUUAGAAGUAGUUCCACCCUCAGUCGGCGACGAGAAACCGUCCGCUGUCCGAGCUGAGAUAACUUUGGAUGUCAGUCGCCUUGCGGACAAUAUACUCCGAGAAUGGGAAUCACUUCGACCUGAUGAUGUAGUUUUCUUAUUGGCAGUCCAAGGUCCCGACGAUUUAAGGAUGAUCACGAAUGGUCGUUCUUCACCAUCUGACGCGCAAAAGCUGGGCCUGAAAUAUGUUCGAGCGGCCGAGAUUACCCAAGUGCUGGACGAUAAAGGACGCUCACUUCGGGACCAAGGUGGGCAGAAUAGCCAUAGUCGCCCACGGGUUCGCAGACUACAGGUGAAGCUUGAUGCACUUGCAUACAAAGCAGAUAUGGACAGGGUAGCGAGCGGCAAACUUGACAUCUAUGAGAGUAUGAAUGUGGUCGUACGCAGAAGAGGAAGGGAGAACAACUUCAAGCCAAUUCUGGAAUCGAUCCGAAGUUUGACAUUGUCAGACGUGCCUUUGGCAUCUUGGUUGCAUGAGGUAUUCCUUGGAUAUGGAGACCCGGCGGGAGCAACAUACACCCAUCUAGUCAACCAAAUCAAGAAGGUUGAUUUUCGAGACACAUUUCUCGACUGGCAACAUCUAAUCGAAAGCUUGCCAGGAAAAAUUGUAGAGCCAAGCGACGAUAUGGAUGGUAGUUUCGGUCCUCCGUAUGUCCUUGAGGCUGCACCGAAAGUGGCCGAAACUGUGUCAGCGAAACCAUCGAAGAAGAGACGCCGGGAUGCCGAGCCAGUUCCGCAGGUUCAACCGGAAGCCAUUCGAGUUUCUACAUACAAACCUGGGAGUACUGGGCCUUAUCCUAUGGAUGCUCCAAAGCUAAACCAGGUACGGUUCACACCUGCUCAGGUUGAUGCGAUUGUGUCUGGUACACAACCAGGACUCACGGUCAUUGUGGGACCUCCUGGAACAGGAAAAACGGACGUGGCAACCCAAAUCAUCAACAACAUAUAUCACAACUACCCAGAUCAACGGACACUUCUAAUCGCUCACAGCAACCAAGCCCUCAAUCAACUGUUUCAAAAGAUCGUUGCAUUAGACAUUGAUGAACGACAUCUACUGCGACUUGGGCACGGCGAAGAAGAGCUGGAUACGGAAGCCAACUUUAGCAAGCAUGGAAGAGUCGAAUCUUUUCUCGAAAACCGUGAUGGAUACCUCCGUGAAGUUGACCGUCUCGCCGCAAACUUUGGUGCUCCUGGUGCUCAUGGCAGCUCUGCCGAGACUGCGGGUUACUUCAACUUAGUCUACGUUGAGCCUGCCUGGACGAGAUUCCGAGAACUUUCCUCGUCGGCACAAGCUACAGCGGAAACUAUUGUAGAAGCUUUCCCAUUCCAUCACUACUUCUCCGAUGCACCGCAACCACUCUUUCCAACCGGUGCUGACAAGGAUAUUGUUUUAGACAUUGCGAAAGGAUGCUACCACCACGUCUCUAAGAUCUUCACCGAGCUUGCAGAUGUCCGACCAUUUGAGAUUCUGAGGAGGGAUCGAGACAAGGCCAAUUACCUCCUUACCAACGAAGCUCGCAUCAUUGCCAUGACAUCGACGCAUGCAGCGAUGAGGAGACGGGAGAUUUCAUCUCUCGGUUUCCAAUACGACAAUGUGAUCAUGGAAGAAGCAGCUCAAAUUACGGAGAUUGAAAAUUUCAUCCCAUUAGCGCUGCAGAAUCCAAAGCAUGGACAGAUGCCCUUGCAGCGUGUGGUCCUUUGCGGAGAUCACUUCCAGAAUUCGCCCGUCAUCCAAAACCUCGCCUUCCGUCAAUAUGCGAAUUUAGAACAAUCUCUCUUCUCCCGGCUGGUGCGACUCGGUGUACCAACUAUCAGUUUAGACCAGCAAGGUCGGGCUCGCCCUUCGAUAGCAUCAUUAUAUUCAUGGCGCUACAAGAACCUGGGAAAUCUACCACUGGUCUCGACAUCUCCAGAGUUCCAAACAGCUAAUGCUGGUUUCAAGUAUGACUAUCAGUUUAUCGAAGUGCCAGACUACAAGGGCCGUGGAGAGUCGGAACCAACACCACAUUUCAUACAAAAUCUUGGGGAGGCCGAGUAUGCUGUUGCCAUCUAUCAGUAUAUGCGCCUCCUCGGAUAUCCCGCAUCAAGUAUCAGCAUUCUUGCGACAUACGCGGGUCAACGCGCUCUUAUCAAAGAUGUUCUAUCACAUAGAUGCGCUAAGAACCCGCUUUUUGGUCUGCCAAAAAUUGUCACAACCGUCGACAAGUAUCAGGGAGAGCAAAAUGACUACGUCAUUCUAUCACUCACUCGAACUUCUCGAGUCGGCUACCUACGCGAUAUUCGACGUCUCACAGUUGCUCUCUCCCGAGCGCGGCUGGGAUUGUACGUUCUUGGGCGACGAGAGGUCUUUGAGCCAUGCUUAGAGCUGCAGCAAGCUUUUGAUAUCUUGUUGAGGAGACCGGAUAAAUUGAUGCUUGUGACGGGGGAGUUAUGGCCGAGUCAAAGAGUGCUCAAGGAAGAGGAAGGCAAGGGUGUUCCAGGUGAGAGCCAGAUGGAGAACUUGGAACAUCUAGGACAGUAUGUGUAUGAAAUGACGAAUGCGAAGGUACAGCAGCUCAGAGCAGAGAGAGGAUUGCCUGAGACCGACUUGGUGGCACCACCUGUGGGAGAGGAUGAAGACGGAUUGGGCAUCAUCGAGGAAGAUUACGAGGGGAUUGAGGGGGAGAUAUGAGGGCUUUGAAGCUGAUGAGGAGACCUAAAAGUUUAGGAUGCACGGCCUCCAUAGCAUUGGCGUAUGUAGGAUAAUGUUCAUGGCUGCAAAAAUGAAAGAUACCCAACUAUAUCCGCAGAAACAAUUGUUGGGAGCUGGAGAAUCACUUGUCAAAAUAUUGAAAUCCCAAAUCCGAUCAGAC